AUGCAGAGUGGAAAUACGACGGCAUCAGAUAUUUUCGGCAACUGUGAUCAUGCAAACAGUUCAGUGGGCACAGUUCCUGCUGGUUCACGAUUAGCACAGUACCUUCAACCACCUUUGCCUCGCCAUUCAUCAUGGAAUACCCCACUGUCUCAGCCACAAACUGCAAACGCUCCAUAUGGCCUUAGUAGUCAAGCUGGAAUGCCGCCCUCAACGGUACGUUCAUUCAUUACAAACGUGAUCAUUUCAUCGCUCAACUAG